GAUGCUACUAUGCGGUGUAUUGCGUGCAGCAUUAUCCGCAUCUUUCAGCACCGUCGUGCAAAUCGCGAUUUUUUUACUGCAAAAUUCGAACAUCUCAAGAGUGUUCGCGUCCAUGCCACCAGGAGCCGAAGACGAGAUUAUUCUCAUCGAACACCUGCCAGGACGGCGAGUGCAUCUUCAGGAUUUCUUCUGGACCGGCCUGGAGGACGCGCCACCAUGGGUGGAUCCCAAUCAGGGUUUGACCUUUUACGAGACAAGAACGAUCGUUCACACUGUCACAGUUUACACGCCGACCGACGAGAAAGGUUCAAAGGAUCCCGCGUCACCUCAUCAUCCGGACGCUCGCGAUCCGGAAUGCGUCAUGUGCAUAGAACCGACGCCAAGGUUGGACGAUGAUGAAGAUCAGAGCAUCGGGGUACUAAUCGGGGAGGAUCCAGGCCCAAGAUACUGGCUGUUGACGGUUCUCCGACCAGGUGAAACCGUACCACCCAAAGUCGAGCUUCGUUUAGCACGUCUGUAUCGAGCCGCGUUUUCCCGACAGCAACAACGGCACCUCGGUUUACUGUCGACCGACCCGCGAUCCCGAAGGAACGCGCUGUCUCGCAGCUAUGUAAACAGAAAGAGUGUACCAGGACGUUUCGGAGCUUCGUCCCAAGCAGGAAUCCCUCAAGAAGAGGCUCCCACGAACAUAACCGAAGCUCAACUGGCCGAAGUGGCCGCCGGCAUAAUCGGAAGCUCUUCACCUCGCGCGGAAACCGAAUCGAGGUUGUCCGAAGACAAAACAUACUUUCCGAGCGACGCACAGGCGAAGUCAAUGAAAAUGAUAGAAAUUCCGAGGCCAAAAAAGAUGCUGCUUCCGACAUUCGACGCGAUGGACGAUUACGAGAAAUCGAGGAAGGAGGACCUCGCACUGAGGAAAGUCAUCAAGACGUUGAAAGAGGACACGAGACUCCCGUCUUCGGAAGACGAUGAAUCCACAAGUGUCGAGGCCGAAAUCGGCACGAACAAUCGCACCGGCGAGUCGUUCUCGCGAGACUUCACGCCGAUGUCCGCGGAUACGUCCGAAUUAAACGUCGACGUUGUCUCGAAAAACCGAUCGACGAAUUCGAGCGCGAGCGUGCGCUCGAAGAUGCGCCUGGUGGACGGCUCGGUUCCGGGGAUCGUGAAGGUCAGGAUGCAAAAUACGAGCGUUAUCGAAGGCGGUGCAACCAGGCUGAUCUAUUCGGUUCAUCUGGAUGGUAAGCCGGUUCCGGCGGAAACCGCCGCGAGGGACAUGGCGCUUCUCUCACCUCAGGAAGUCGCCUUGGAGCUCGGCGCGCCGGUGAUUAUUCAAAGCGAGCCUUAUUUGAAGGAGAGCCGCCCUCUGGCCCUGUCGCGGCAAAGAGACGCCUGGCUGCUGAUCGGUGCGGCCAGCGCGGGUGUCGUUUUGUUGAUCAUGGUUCUCACUGGUCUGAUCCUGGCCGCCAAGAGGAAGAGGGCGCACAGUGCCGUCGUCGCGCCGCCAAACAGAAGUAUACUUAAGAAAGAACGCGAAUACGUAACCGCGACCCCCGGCCUCGAUAACGCCGCCUUCUCCACCUCGGAAACCGAAGUCAAGACCGACGGUACCAGUCAGCGGCAAACUCCGCGAACUUUGUCCAGAACUCCGGUCACGCCCGACACACCCGACAGUUUGGAGUUGGGCAUUCACGAAGUUUCCAGCGACAACGACGAGGAACCGAAGAAGGCUCGCGGCUCGAUCCCUUGGAGCGUACAGGAACAUCCAAGUAAGAAAGCAAGAGUGUCGCAUGGCAGGAUGACGAGAACGAACGCGGUCGAUCAGCCCGGAACACCGGACUCGUUGGGUACGAUGGACGAUCCGAUGGAGACAUUAGAGUCCUUGGAGAACGGUUACGUCAAACGGGAGGAGUCCACCGCCUCGCCACGGUCUUAUCUGUCGAUGCCGUCGUGCAAACAAUUCCCCAGCAUGAGGAGCGUCGAGCCACUGUCGAGGGUGCUGGAACCCGUCAUGGUCAGGCACUUGGACAUCGACUCACCGGAGCUGGUGCGUCACGAGAGGAGCGGCAAUAUCGACGACACCUUCCUCGCGAGAACGUCGAGCGCCUCGAAAGAUCCCGGUGCCGUAGGACCGAUCGUUUGGAAUCUCAACAAACGAUCAUUCUCCGCGGAAGGUAACGGUACGUCCGAAACGGAUAUCGAUGGAGUGUACAAUUUACUGCCAUCGGGACCCGUGGGCCGUGCCAGAAGAAGGCUCCACGAGCUCCUCGAGGACUCCUUCAGCCUCUUCGGCAGCAGAGACGUCAAGAUUAGAGAGCCGCAAAUGUCACGGCCGCCGAGUGCACACACUACGGACGCACUCGCGACACUUUCGGAGACCAGAGGCAGAUCCGCUCACGUCAGCCCGGUAGCGACGCCAACGUUGGAAAUGAAAACACGACCGCGCACAUCAUUACCGCGUAAAGGUCUCGACGAAGAGAUCCCGGAAACGGGUCAGACCGGACCGCUUCAUCCCCGCGGUGCAUGGGGUUCGAGGCCACUCAGCGCGGGACCGUUUCAUCGGCCGACUUUGCCGGAGGUCGACACCAGACGCAUAUUAACGGACAGUAGAUUACCACCGGGAGAUCCCGCGGUACCUCUGAUCGCGUCGAUCAAGAAAGAGCUGGAGAAGUUUUCGCCUCAAUAAAACGUAACGGGACGCGAUAUCAGCCUGACCUCUCCGUUCGCAGAAUCAUGUUACUAUUCGUGAAUUAGAGAUAAUGUAAAUAUACCUUCGAUGUAACCUUUUUCCACAAGAUUUUGUAUCUCGUCGCCGAAGAGUUUCUCUUCCGUAUGGACUAUAAUAUGUAGCAAGCUGAAAUAUUUCACAUAAAUAUCUCGCAGAAGUAUAAAUAUAUUAUAAAAGAAGACGAAAAUAAAUCGUACUAUAGUAUUGCCGUUACAAGUCGAGAUUGUGCCACCGGCGUGUCAACUUAUCAAUCAGCUGUGACUGUAUAUAUUAUUGGACAAAUACAUUUGCGAAACGUUGAUACGUGCAAUUUCAGGUAGAAAGGUAGAAAGCUCGACUGAUUAACUGAAUUCUGAAAGAAAUCAUAAUAAGUACUUGUGACUGAUCCGUUCAAUGUUGAAAUGUAUCGAUAAUUUUGAAACAUACAAUAAACUUAAAUAUAACGCAUUAUAUACACCCAUAUAUAAUGCCCUUU